AUGAGCAACCGAGGCAUUUCAUGUAACGAACCGGUCUCGAAUAAGUUGUACGAACAAUUGUAUCGCGAUGGUGUCACGAAGCUGCAACGUUUAAAAGAGCUAAUUCAAGGACACAAUCGCGAAAAAAACGCGUGCAAUGGUGUCGAAAAAGGCGCCAGCGGUAGCGAUGGAAAACGCGAGGGCACCCAGUUGUCAAAAGACGUAACCGUUAGUUCGGAAGGGCAUGAUCUCGACGAAUUGUUUGCCCUGAGCAAGAAAAUUACGAAGGAUUUUGGACAAAUUAUUCGUGAGGAUCUUGAAUUCUCGAAUAGAAAAGAGCUACUGACUCUGUUAUGGGGGAAAGUUCAUUACCGCCUUGUUGUGUUUACGAAGAAGCUUGUUUGGCAAAAAAGUGAUGGUAACAACAUUUCCCGGACUGCUACUCGUGUUCGCGGUUCGGGAAGUCGAAGAAGCAGCCCAGGUGCAAAUACAGCAGUGGCUAAUCGUGGAAUUGUAAAACAAUUUACUCGGAGCAUUGCUUUGCACGUCCGUUAUCUCGACGAAUGUGUCCAGUUUUAUCAGCAACUUAUUCGUGAAAUGGUGCUGGCAUUUGAAGUGCAGGAACUGCAACCUUUACUUGAAUGGCUUCAGCUGAAGCGAGACGGUGAUAACAAUGGUGAAAAUGGUACCACUGCUGCGGGAAAAACUGUAUCUCUAAAACGUGGAUCCACAUUCGCUCACAACAAAAAGGCGACGAAAACGGGAACUUACUCGUCCGUUGCCAAAUGCGCGGCUUCCAUUUCUGCUCGAAAGCAGUUUUAUUCGUCAACCGUGCAAAAAAAUCAGCUCGUAUGGACUGUGUACCGCUCACUUAUCUCGCUCGGAGACUUGUGUCGUUACCUCGCACAGGCAAAAUCUCCUAAGCAGCCCGAUUAUGGAGCUGCUGUAGAGUUUUAUCGCCUGGCCGGUUACGUGAUGCCCGAUGUCGGCAUUCACUUCCAUCAGCUUGGAUUAAUUGCUGCCUCCGCUCCAAAAUCCAAUGUACUGCAAUCUGUUGCUUACUUCUAUGCGGCCACAACGUCGCUUGUGCGCUCGGGUGUAAGCUCUGCUUACGACAACCUAGGUCUCGCUUUGCGGAAGUUCCUUCGUGAGUGUGACAGCCAGGUCACUAACAGCUCUGCUCCCAAGCAGGAGGUGCACCGGGGUAAAACAAAGGAACCUUCUGUGGUACAACAAUUUCUUAAACUUCAUGCAAAUUAUGAAUGCAACUCUGAGAACGACGCUCUGCCUCCAAAGCCUAAUCGUCUUUUGGGACAGUUACGUAGUAUGCUCAACAACCAUCAACUUCCUGAGAAGCAGUUGCUGGCAAUGAGUUUUUGCAAUAUCGCAGUUCUGCGGCUUUCCACUGAACCUUCCGCUACGGCAGGUCUAAACUUGAGUGAGACGUCUACUAAGGCCCCUGAACUAGUUUCCUUCAUGGAACAAUUCAUUCUGUCAUUCUUCAUGACGCUAUUGGACGUUGCCAACGAGAAGCUUCCUUUGCAAAGUCUCACAGCCGCAGCCCAGUCCUCUUCUGAGCAGACGUCAGAAAAUCCGGUCUUUUCCAGGUUACUUUCAUCCAUUGCGCUGUUGUUAUCUUUUAUGGCUCGUCAUCCAAAAUGGGCCCCAAAGCAGCUUAUUAGUCAGGCUAAGCGGCUUCACAACCGUCUUUCAUUCUUCUGGGAAAACAGCGGUAGAUCUCCACCCACAGCUAACGCCGUCAAGCUCUUUACUGCAAGCGAGCCAUUGCUUUUGCCAUUUAUUUGUCAACCACUUCCACUAGGAGCGUAUCCCUCGGCUUCGACUGCCGAGAUUGAGUUUUUGUCGUCUGUUCUCAUUUCAUACUACCGGCCGAGUGAACACCACGGUAAUAGUAUAAGCAAAUGCUCAUAUGAUACAUGUUUGGACGCUGUGUAUUUACUCCUUCAGGGUGUCGUGAUGGAGAGCGCUAAUCCAAAUGCCUCUGGCCCUGUACUUAACCUGCCAACUUGUGCACCUCUGAAGACUGUGCCUUCACAACCGUGGAAUUCGUUACAAACUUCUUCGACAUCGCUUAUUAAUGGAUCGUCAUCCCCCAUUAAUGGGAUUGGGACUGAGUUUGCUUGGAACUUCUCUGCUUUGCAAACUGGGGAUGCUUCGUCUGUUACAACUUCACCAUCACGCCUCAAUCCAUUUCAGACUGACAGCGUCCUGCCUUCUCUGCAGCUCGGUCGCAUGGUUGAUAGUUUGGUCGGACCUGCGCCAGAAGUCCGUGCACAGCCCACUGGUGGAUCUAUGCACUCUCUGCAAUUCCGUGUUUCAACGCCGGCGAUUUCUUGUUCGCCUACUUUCGGGUCAGUUAGUUCUUUGCCUUCCCGUGUAACGUCGCCUCCAUCUCCUCGGAGUGAUUCCAACGGCGUUGAAGAGAAUGAGGAUGGUGGUCUCAGUGACGGGGAGCACGUACUAUUCAGACCUAUUAUGGCCGAUUCUGCGAGCUCUUCAGACGAAGAUGAUGAUGACCUUACACCAAGCGAGGACGCUGGUACACCCAUAUCUCAUCCUCUGACCGACUAUUCGUCUACUUCGUUGGUGGAGACACUAAAAUCUUCAAAUCAACACACCUUGUUAUCUUCUAUGUUGCGUAAUGCUCUUCGUAUACAUGCUUCCAACUCUUAA